UUCCCCAGAAGUUGCGCUCUCCUCUCCUCCCCUGCCCUUCCCCCCUCGGGUGCUCGCGGUCCCCUCGCAGCCUCCUCACGCUCUGCUGCUCCCCGCCGCAGCUCGCCAUGGCAAAGUCGUGGAUUAUGAAUGGGCGGGGAACUGCUAAGAAAAUGAGAAACCCAACUCAAUCUUUCAAUUUCGGACUUGGUGAAUUGGUUGCAGAAGCAUAUACCAAAUGCCCCAACUGCCAAUAUUGCAUUGAUAAUAGUAAUAUUUCUUUAGAGUGGCCAGGACUCCUUCCUGGUGUCAAAUUUGAUCCAUCCGAUUUGCAGCUGCUUGAACAUUUAGAAGGGAAGUCUAGCCUGCCAAAUAUGAAGUCCCAUGUACUUAUUAAUGAAUUUAUUCCUACUAUAAAAGAGAUGGAGGGAAUCUGCUAUACACAUCCCAAAAAUCUCCCUGAAAUCAAGAUGGAUGGGAGCAGCCGUCAUUUCUUCCACAGAAUAUCAAAUGCAUAUAACUGUGGUAAGCGCAAGCGUCGCAAGAUCAAUAAUAGUGAUAAUACUGUUUGCGAUGAGCAUAUCAGAUGGCAUAAGACUGGGAGGUCCAAAGCCAUCUGCGAUGACAAUGGUGUCCAGAAAGGCUGGAAGAAGAUACUGGUUCUCUAUACAGGUUCUAAGAGAGGUGGCAGCAAGACAGGUAAAGCUGGCUGGGUGAUGCAUCAGUAUCAUCUUGGUGUCGAUGAAGAUGAAAAGGAUGAGGAGCUUGUUGUCUCCAAAGUUUUUUACCAAUUGCCAUCAAAGCAACUCGACAAUUCUGAACUGGAUGUUUCUGUUUUGGAAUAUGAUGCAUCUGACAAACCUGAAAUGGAUGUUUCUGUUUUUUUGGAAUAUGAUGCAUCUGACAAUUCUGGAAUGGAUGUUUCUCCUUUGGAAUAUGAUGCAUCUGCUGUAAAAAUUGAUCUUAGAACACCGAGGGCAGAUCCUCCCCAGCCUCAUCGUCCCAAUAAUAGCCCAUGUGAAACCGAGCAGUAUACUCCCAUUCUGCCGGGUCAGAGGGAAGAAGAAUCUAGCACAUCCGUUUUUCGCGUAAAGGAUGAAGCAGCCGAAUGCCAUGCUGCACGGUUUGAUGCAAUAUCACAAGUUGUCAAGGACGCGGCCAUUCCUGACUUGGAUGAACCUGUGCACGCUCAGCCAUGCCUUGGAACACCUCCAGAUCUUGGCGCUUUGGGCGACAUGCAGUUCGGAAUCUUCGGAUCACAGGAUAGCCUCGGGAGCUUGCUGGACAGCUUCUACUGAUACAGAGAUGAGUUCGAACUGGAAGUGGUGGCACUGCAAAAGGAGACAGUUGUGUAUCUGACUUUGCAGUGUCUGAGUCACCGCAUGAGAUGUUUUGUAUGCAACUUUGCGCUGUGCAGAACUGCAAAUUCAGCAUCUUAUGAGAAAUUUUGUACAGUAGUAGUAGAACCAAGAGAGGUUCCCAGACAACACCCCAACUUGAGCGACUGUUUCUCUGAACAAUGUUGUUGUGUGAUGUGUAGUCAUAUUUGAGCUUGAGCCAUGGCCCAUGGAUGCUUCGCCAUCUCGUGAGAGAUUGAGCCAUUGUCACACCUGAUUUUAAGAGAAUAAAAUAGAUAUAUUUCACAUAUGUAUCAGGAUUAAGUUUAAUACAUACGAUGAUUUUAUAAGUGAUAA